AAACCGGUCACGUGAUCGGACGCGGGAACGAGGCACAUGCAUGGCCGCCAUUGUUCCGGAUGGUAUUUACGCAUUGACUGCUGUGUUACUACCGAAUUUAGACCUCAAUCUGGACUAUCUGGGGUAUAAUACCACCAUAUUCCGAUAGACUAUUAUAGCAAGAACACGAAUCGGAUAUUUUUGUAAAGGACAAUUAUUAUUUUAGUAGUGAAUUUCGGUGAUGUCUGCGAGUGUUGAUCAGCGAGGGAAAGGACAACCGAAUCAAGUGUCCAAUCCUCCAAAUGAUAAAGGGCCCGUAAAAGAAACUGAAUUUGAUGCCUACAUGCAGCAUAGUCAGCAACCUCAGCAAGGGUAUGGUUCUGUUCCGAUGUCAAGUCCCAGCACAGAGUACAUGAACUAUGCUUACCCAUCUUUCUAUCUGAACACUGCUGAUCAUGGACAAGGUGCAUGGUCAACAGCAGGAGGUGAUCCUAUGGGAUCAUUUCUUAGCUAUCCCCAAAGUGACUAUGUCUCAAAUACUGGAGUGUUCAGUAGUGGUGGUUUUCCAUACAGCCAGCCAGGAUUUGGAUGGGAGUUCCCAGGUUAUACGGACCCUUGGGCUAGCAAUGCUAAUGGUGAUCGUAAAGACUCUAGGGGGAGUUAUGAUUAUUAUCACCCUGAAGCACUGGGGCCCACAGAAAGUUAUGUGACCAAUGGAGACAUUGAACGGGUAGAUAUGAGUGCAAAUGGACUCGACCAUGGAAUGAAAGUUAUGUCAUUGGAAAAUCAUGAACCGGACACUGUCCCUGAAAUGCAUGGUGGAAAUGUAGGCAAGGACUUAGUAGGACAAGCUCCCCACUCUGCUCCUGCCCCUGCCACCUCAUCAGCCCCUAAGAAAAUGUCUUGGGCGAACAUUGCAUCUCAACCUGCGAAACCCCAACCAUCCCUGAAGCCUAAAAGUAUCCCAAUGGCCCCAGUUUUGCCUAAUAGUAAGCAUAGUAACAUGGACAUUGGCACAUGGGGAAAUAAGAAUAACGCUACUAAGCAGGGACCAGCUGGCUCCCAGAACCGCCAAGCUUGGGGUUCUAAAACACGCGGCUCGGGAGCUGCGUACAAUGGUGGAUCCUCAGCUAUGAACUCUUCUAGUGGGGUUAAUCAAAACAAUAGUAACCCUGUUGUGUCGCACCCUGUCUUGGAUAAAUUGAAAUCUGCCAAUUCAUAUAACCCUAAGGAGUACAAUGUGAACACCAAAGGAGCAAGGUUCUUCAUAAUAAAAUCUUAUUCUGAAGACGAUAUUCAUCGUUCUAUCAAGUACAACAUAUGGUGUAGUACUGAGCAUGGAAACAAGAGGCUUGAACAGGCUUACAAGCAACAGGAAGGCAAGGGCCCAGUGUAUUUGCUCUAUAGCGUGAAUGGAAGUGGCCAUUUCUGUGGAAUGGCUCAAAUGAUUAGUAAUCUGGAUUACAAUGCGAACAGUGGAGUAUGGGCUCAGGAUAAAUGGAAGGGACAAUUUGAAGUGAAAUGGAUCUAUGUGAAGGAUGUGCCCAAUAGCCAGCUUCGUCACAUCAGGCUUGAGAAUAAUGAGAACAAGCCUGUGACUAAUUCACGUGACACCCAGGAAGUACCAUUUGAAAAGGGCAAACAGGUUCUGAAAAUUAUUCACACCUAUCGCCACACGACCUCUAUCUUUGAUGACUUUGGACACUAUGAGAAACGACAAGAGGAAGAAGAUCAGGAUGACCCUCGUGGUGGCCCUGGCAUGUCUGGUGGAUCAGGACCUGCACCAAGCUCAGCUGGUAGACGCUGAAUUAUUAAAACAUAGGAGUUAGGCCUAUGAAUCUACUACAGUACAACUGUUUGAAAAUCUUUAACUUUCUUAAUAAAAUAAUCAGAUUUUCAAACGGUGUAAAAAUCGAAAAAGUAAAAUGAGUAGAUAACAUAUAGCUUUUGAUUUCUUUUAUAAAAUGUGCACACUUUUCAUCUGGUAGUACUGUGAUGUUAAUGGUAAUGGUAUCAAUUGAUUUUUGAAUGUUCGUUAUCUGAGAUACCAAUGUUGUAUACUUUAGCUUUAUGUAAUCAUGCAGUAGAUGUUUUAUGGACAAAUCGAAGAAUUCAGACUAAAAUAUAGCUUAUAACUUGAUUACAGUCUAUUGUCCAGUUGUCAGUUAGUUCCUUUGGUGUAUGGUAUAAAACUAUGCUAGAAUAAGUUGAUAUUUAUCAUCAAGAUCAAUGGUAAAGGGGAAUAAGAUGAUAUACUCUAUGAGUGAAGGAAAAGGUUUUAUCCCUAGUGAUAAAACCUAUUACUUUCGUACAAAACAAUCCCUACUUUGAAAUCACCUUACAACUUUAUUCAAGACCAUGGGCCACCUAAUAGGUCCUUUUGAAAUCUUAUUCCUUUAUUAACAAGAAUAAAGUCAAGUAUAUCUUAGUUUUAUGUGUCAACUUUUAUUCUAAAAAUGAAGUGAUGUACUAUAGAACCAGUAUGUUAACACCUGUAAAUGAGAAUGCUUCUUUCAAACAAUUUAUUUCAUUCCAUUGUACCAUGUGUGAUUAGACGGCCAAACAUGAACAUUUUGAGAUGUCUCAUCACACAGACUUUAUCUGUUAAUGUAGCUUAGUAAGACAAAGCCAGUGAAUGGCACAAGAAAUACAGAUCAUUCAAAAAUUUCUGUCUAAAUCUGAGCCUUUAUGUCGACUCCUUUAGGUGAAGUGAGCAUAGAAACGUUACUGAUGGACUUGAUGCAGUUGUAGUAAUCAAUUAGUUCUGCAUAAUAAACAUGAUUGGUGAAUAGCAAUAUAUUGACUUCUGUACCUGUUGAAACUGUACGAUCUGACAAUGUACAUGAUGUAGGCAAGGUUGGCAUUUGGAAAGGAGUCACUGGAAAGAAACUUUUCAGAUUUAGUAGAUAUGGUUGAAUGACUGUACUUACUACUGAAGUAUCCCAUGUAAUCCUGCUCUCGGAGAGUAAUUAUUAAUGAAUAUUAUUACCAAAUAUGAAAUAAACCAUAAAAUGAUGAAAAUCAGAA